CAUCUUUCAUCUUUUCUCUCUCUUUCACACACACACACACACACACCACACCACACCACACACACACACAUUGUGGAUUGAUGUUCAGGACAUUAAAAGGAAUGAUGUCUCGGUUGCCCAUACUUAAAGCAUACAAAAGGAGUGUUGCUUUAUCCCAUCUUGGGUGCACUAGUCCCUUGUCUAUAACCACCUUGGGGGAGUUGAUGGAUGCUUGCUUUGCUUGUUAAUUUGUGGUCGAUCUAGUUGGGGAGGAAUAAUCAAGCUUUUGGGAAUCAAAGUAGCUCUACAUGUAUAGUUCUUAAUAGGGUCCUGUUGUACCUGUCUGCCUGGCUGCCCUGAGUUUGGUUGUGGGCUGGGUUGUUUUGGGUGGACGUUGUAUCUUUCAUCUUUUAUUUUUUUUUUAAUACUUUUCUUUGUUUUGUUUUGUUUGUUUGCUGUUUUGUUUUUCUUUGACCUUUUAAUAAUAUUGCAUCAUCUUUUGAGAAAAAGAAGAAGUUCCAAUUGACCUUACAUAGUAGCGUGCCCCAGACUACCCGGUUGCACCGUGGCUGCAUUUGUCAAUAUUGAAUUUGAUGACUUGUUUGCAAGGACAUCCAUGGAGCUGCAUAAGGACAAGAAUGUUGCAUCAAGCAAUUCCAUGAUUGAGGGUGCGAUUUUCAUGUCUAACCGUGCAACAAAGAAAGAAUGCCUCAAGCGGAAGCUUUUUGGCCUUCCACCUUCUCAGGCUCCCUUUGUGAAGCAAGUGAAAACUGGCACGAUACUCUUUCUAUUUGAGUAUGAGGAGCGAAAGCUUUAUGGUGUGUUUGAAGCAGCAUCUGAUGGUGCUCUGAAUAUUGAGCCUCGUGCAUUCAAUUCAUUAGGGAAGCCAUUUACUGCACAGAUUCGUUUCCAGAGGAUCUGGUCUUGUCAUCCACUAUCCGAACCUGAAUUCUGUGAUGCUAUCAAGGAUAACUACUACACAACUAAAAAAUUCCACAUGUACCUGUCUCAAGAGCAGGUUUUGAAGCUUUUAUUGUUGUUUUCUUCAAAGAAGAUUAAGAUACAAGGGUCUCCAAGUAUAGAGACAGGCAAUAAAUCCCUAAAACAGUCUCGGAAACAUGGUCGUAGUAGUAUUAGAGUAACUGUAACAGCCGACAGUGUAGGCAAUGAACUUGCCAUGGACAAUGAUACAGAAAUAGUUAACAUGGGCAGGUACCCUGAUUUUUCCAGUGCUGAUCUAAACCAUCAUAGUUACUAUAACAAACCCGUUCCAAAAAAAGAAGAUUCUAUAGAUGGGCAGGCAUUAUCUUUGCCCAUUUCUCGCUCAUCAGAGCACCUAGAAUUGGAUUUCAUGCCUCCAACACCUCGUGGAGAUGGUAGUGCUAUGGGCAACUUCCAUAACAGCCCUCUCCAUAGUCAUUGUCACUAUACAAUGGACCCUAGAUUUCACUACAGUCAAUCAUCUUUUUCUCCACAUUUGGCUCAUGACCCUUUUUCUAGGAGUUCAAUAGAAAGUCUCUUAUCUUCUUCCAAAAGCCACUUGCAUCAAUCUCACAUGGAUUCGGAUGCCUUAGACCCAUCUUCUACCAGGCAUGGAAGCCUAGGUAUCUCUACUAAGAAUGGCGGUUAUAAAGUCCCGUCUGUCCCUGACUGUUAUGGGCCCUCUGGUGUAAGCAUUCCAUCCUCAGGAACUGGAUAUUUGGAAACUAGGAGAAUAGACUCUAAGAGUGCUGAGGACUGUAGAGACUUAUCCUUCACCAACCGUCAUGAGGCCUCCAGUGCUAGCAUUCCUUUCUUAGGGGCUAGACAUUUUGAAAACAUGAACAUAGACUCCAGAGAUGAUGAUGGUUGUAGAGGCCUAUCCUUCAAUGACAGUCACGAGCCCAGCAUGCCUGCUAUUCCUCUCUUGCAAGCUGCAAAUUUUGGGAAGAAGAGCAUAGACUCAUCCUUCAUACGCAGUCCAAGCAAGAAUCUUUCAAGUGUGUGUGAGUCAAAUGUGCAUGGCUAUGCUGCAUUUCAACAGCAUGAAGAGGGUCAUGUAGGACCGCCAGAUGUGUGCUUUGAACCUUCCACAGCCACCAUGCACUUGUCAGGAGAUGGAAAUUUCAUUGUCAGGGCUGUAGAGCCUUCAAACUUUUUGGGCCCCGACAAGGAUCCAACAGGUGUGAACGAGUAUGACUGUCCCUUGGAAUCUUGGUUUGCUGCUGGCUAUGGUAGGAUGGGGCAUCAUAAUUCAACGCAUCAUGAAGAAUACUACCCUGACUCCAGCCUCAACUCAAAAUGCUAUGACAGGAGACCCAGUGUAUUUUCUCGCUUGUCUGCAGCUACAGAUGCCAGUUUCGAAGAUGGUGAGAGUCAUGAAUCUGAUGCAGAUGUCUCGAUGAGUGAGCUCGUGAAAAUAUUGCAUCGGAGGAGAAAAGACUGGAGGAAGCUGAUGAAAAAAUAUAAACAAUUGAAUGCACAAAAUCAUGAUGACCGAACUGACAUGGACUUGAUGAGAGCCGAUGUUCAGAUCAAUGAAGAGGAUCUGUGGGUUGGCUACGGAACUGCAGAAGUGAGCUGUAAAAGCCCAUUUUUGAACUUUAAACGAAGGAGUGAAGUCCGGAAGGUAGGCAAUGAAACUGAAAUGGGAGGCCAUGUUGUGGUUGAGACAAGCAAGGGCUCUUCAGGUAAGCAAAAGAGAAGAAAACUGAUUAGGCCACCUUUAAUGGCCAAAGAGCCUUUUGAUAAAGGCAGUAAUGAGUGUCUCAACAUGGAUGGGUCGUCUCAAGGAGUUGCUACAGGCCUGGCCUCAGUUCAAACCAGUGAAGGUGAAAAAAUAAAUGGCAGAAUCAUCAGAGCUCCAGUAAAAAAUGAUGAGAGGGAUGAGUGUAAUGAAAGAGGUUUACCCAGAAAGGUAGACCUCAGUGGCGAUGAUGACAGUGGAAGAUUAGAAGGCUCAAGCAACCACAUAACUAAUGAUCGCAAUGCUGAAGGGCAACCCCAAGAGCUCAGUAAUUGCCAGAAAUCAGAUGUAGACGUUGAAAGAAAUGCAGGUGGGCCAUCUCUAGAAUCUCAGAGUGAUCAGCCAUCAGUUGGAAAUGUUACAAGUGAAGGAAACACGGGAGGGUCACCCGACGGCGAUGAGAAUGCAAUAGUGACAGCUGAUGAUGCAUCGGUCAGAAAUGUUAUAGGGGAACGCAAUACCGAAGAGGCAUCUGACAGCAAUGAGAUUUCAAAAAUGGCAGUCGACGAUGAGGCGGCAUUGGUGGGAAAUUUCAAAGGGAAAGGAAAUGCGGAAGGUUUAUUGAAUGGAGGAGUUGGAAAUUUCAAAGGCAAAGGAAAUGCAGAGGGUUUAUUGAAUGGAGGAGUUAGUAAUGAGAAUGGUGAAGGCAAAGGUGAAGCAUUUGAAGAACUAGGUGAAAAGAGCACACUUCUGUCUGUGGGCCAGGGUCAGUCAGUCAACAAUAAUCAGGUGUUGGUUAGAAAUGUUGAAGGAGAAGAUGAAAAUGGGUCUUCUGAAGUUGGGAAUGCAAGUGCCAAGUUGCUGCUUCACAACAUUUUAGGCAAAGACAAUGAAGAUUUCGGUAGAGAGAAUGAAGUCAUGCAAGUUGAUGAAGCUGUGGACCAAGGUGGGUCAGAGGAUUAUAUUCCUCUUUGAAAAUUUACCAAAUGCGCAUGCUUUUGUUUUUGUGGAAAAUGUCAGCUGUCAUCAUCAUCAUCAUCAUCAUAGCCUUGUCCCACCUAUUUGUGGUCGGAUUUUCAGAAAUGAAAGGUCAAAAACUCAGCAAGACGACAAUCAGAACGGCUCCUGUUGUGACUAACCGAGAUGAAGCAGUGGGUGUGAUGAGUUGUCAGACUCCCACCUGUUCAUGGGUAAUUGCUGAAGCAGCUAUCCGAGUUUUGCUCUGAUAUGGGCGAUCCGGCUCUUUUUUUCCCUUCCCCUCCCUUCCUACUCCUUCCUUUCGUGAGCCAAGGUUGGACGUUGAUGGUCCUUUUUGUAGAAAUGAUCCAGUACGGCCCAUAUUUGUCUACCAACAGGUUACAUAUAGAGUAUCAGAUCUUUGCAAAAGGUGGGACACACCCUGAUCAUCACCUGGUAUGAAAGUCUGGCCAAUCCACUCAUUAGCUAGGCCUGAAAUACAAAUUUAUGGACAUCUGAUGGAAUGAUUCAUUGUACUUGUGUCCCACUGAGUGAAUCGGCCUGAUUUUGUACCGACCAUCAUGGUGUGGCCCAUCGUUUGCACGGGUCAGAUAUUCUACAAGUGUGACAUGUUGCACGCAUUGGAUUGGAAACGGCUGCGUCGACACUGUUGCUGUAUCUAAUCUGUUUUUUUCCCCCUUUGCAAGUCUGCCUAGGUGACAACAAAAUGCCGAUAUUGUAAAUUUUGUAUGGGACCUAUGCUUUAUUGUGCUUGUGGAAGCAGUUCAAAUGGAUGCUAUUAUGGUCUGGUACAUAUGUUUUAAGACCCUGAUGAA